CAACGCGCAUGCGCUGCUUGGGACAUGCGCAGUGCUAAUCGGGCAGGAGCUCGCGGUACUGACAGUUGCGCCGUUGUGCUUGACGCUUUGGGUGGGAGAGACCGGAAAAACUCGCUCGCUAAGCAUCAAACACAAGAAAUGGCAGCGAUCCGUAAGAAGCUGGUGAUCGUGGGAGACGGUGCGUGCGGGAAGACGUGCCUCCUCAUCGUCUUCAGUAAGGACCAGUUCCCCGAGGUGUAUGUCCCCACCGUGUUCGAAAACUACGUGGCCGACAUCGAGGUGGACGGAAAACAGGUGGAGCUGGCGCUGUGGGACACGGCAGGACAAGAAGAUUACGAUCGUCUCCGUCCUCUCUCCUACCCUGACACCGACGUCAUCCUCAUGUGUUUCUCCAUCGACAGUCCUGACAGUCUCGAGAACAUUCCGGAAAAAUGGACUCCCGAGGUGAAACAUUUCUGCCCCAACGUCCCCAUCAUCCUGGUGGGCAACAAGAAGGACUUGCGCAACGACGAACACACUCGCCGCGAGCUAGCCAAGAUGAAGCAGGAGCCGGUGAAAGCAGAGGAGGGCCGUGACAUGGCAAAUCGGAUCUACGCCUUCGGCUACAUGGAGUGUUCGGCCAAGACGAAGGAUGGUGUGCGGGAGGUGUUCGAGAUGGCCACCAGGGCGGCCCUGCAGGCCAGGAAAGGCAAGAAGGGCACCAAAUGCCUCCUACUGUAAAACAAACUGGACUCUGCACUCAUUAGGCGGGGUGGGAGGGGCCGAACAUAAGCCACGCCCCCUCCCCCCUCUCCCCAAUCAGCCUGCCUGAAAUGACUGUGCUCAACCGUUAAACCGCUUUUUUUUUUAAUUGUCUUUUAAGCGAAACCAGUAAUGACUAGUUAUGGAAGUUUUUGUUUUUGUCAGUAUUUAAAGAGGCAGAUCAGAAGCUAUGCUGUUCUAUUGUACUUUCUCACACACGCGCGCACACACACGUGCGUCAUUAUUAAAUUUGCCAUAUGAACCUGUGCCGAGCCAACGGUAAAAGGAGAGACGUUGGAGUCGUGUAUUCACUAAAUGAUUUGCUCGUAUCAGUGAUGUUUCACUGUGACCGAUCGCCCAUGCAGUUAUUUCGGAUUAUAAAUAUGCAAUGAAGAUGAGAGGAAAAAAAAAAAAGAUGAUCAGGACCAAUGUGCAGAACAGAAAAGACACAACACGGGUUCUGUGUGUUUUCUGGAAUGCAUACACUUGGACAAGACUUGAACCUUUUUUUCUUUUUUUUUCGGUUUGUUUUUUUCUUUCUUUCAAAACAAACAGAAACCUAAUUUGGUAUCUUUGUGUAUUAAAGAAAAAAACUUUUUAGGAA